AGGUACCGGCAGCAGACCUGCAAACUAAGUGGAAUCCAUAGAAAUUCUCAAAAAUGGUCCGUUUUCACUUGCUCAUUACUUUCUUAUUUAUGGAGUAAUACAAAUUAAAAAAAAUACUAGUAUAAGUUUGUCCUUUUUCCUUUCAUGUGUUGUGUGUUAUUUGUUCAUUAAGAAACAAUUAUAAAUCUGAUUUUAAUUAGCAAUGCACUAAUGACGUCAUUAAUUAGCGCCGCGGGACGCUCGCCUCAAGAAAUUUACCCCAACGGAAAAUACACGGUCUUUUUCUUCACUCUCGCGCAUUUAACACAGACGACAUAAAAAUAAUCUAAAAAUAGUAACGAGGUCACAAGAGUUGGCUCUUUGUUUUGGUAUCAAAUUCAUUUUAAAAACGUACUAUUUUGUAACAGUAAAUCGUAAUUAAAAUAAUUAUGCGUCUUUAAAUCAUCAUAGCGUCAAAAGUAUUUUUAUAAACAUAGCAAGUUCUGAUAUCAAUCGAUUCUUCAUUCAAUUUCCUUUCCAACAAAUGUACGAAACGAAAGCUAGCUUAUCUGUGGCGCAUGCGCCGAACAAUAUAAAACGGUAAACCACACCCGUGAUUUGAAAAAAAGCGCGCGACCCACCAUGCAAGAUGGCCAGCAAAGAGGAUUCAACGGAGAUCGCGUCAACUACGUUAUAUGAACAAAUAGAUGAUGAAAACUUCAAGAGAUUGAAAUCUAUUUUCAAUUCAUCUGGAAGAGGUAGACGGCCUUCAGCACCAACAAACCUGAUCUGCAACAACCAUCUUCUUAUCCAGUUUUAUUACCUGAAAGACGGAAACAAGACAUGGGACAAUGUUGCAGAUUUUGCCUCAAGCAUAACCGAACUUCAGCCUCCACGACUCCGAGCAUUAAUUCUUAAAACUCACAACAAAGCCAAACAUUUGAAGGAUAAUGUUUUACAAGAUUUUCUCUCUGUCGAGAUGGAUUUGGUUGGACAUUAUCUUCGCCAAGUGAACGUGUCACGGACUGAAUUGCUCAAUGAAACAAGUGCGUCGAGGUCUACUUUGGUCACUUUAACCAAUGGAAUAAUCUUGGACUUGGUGUCAUUUCAAAAGAAAGAAGAUUUUCCUCUGUCCUGGAUAAUUCAAGCAGCAAGCUAUCUUUCUGGUUUUCGGUUGGAUAAACAGUCUUUCGGAAACGAUUUGAAGAAAAUUCAAGAAUCUGCAAGGAAGAAAAGUAAAGCACGGCAUAGGGACAAACAGGCGUACAGUGAUUUCCACGCAACACCCUACCUCAACAUUAAAGAUACUGACAUCACAGUGUCUAAAGUCUGUCCACCCUCGAUACCUCAACCUGCCACACCUCUUUGUCGUAAGCGAAUAAAGUUGGAUGACAUCCCUGUUGACAAUAGCCCCAAGACAACAUUGCCUUAUGUAUGUGAGGUUGAACUGUCACCACAGUCAGCAGUAGAAAAUUUGCCCUUCAUGUCCGCUUCUAAAGGUAACCAAAUAAGAAAGCUUAAGGGUGAAUUGGAGAUUUCCAUCAAAGAACUGAAAUUAGAAAAAGAGAAAACAAUGACACUCAAUGACAUUAUUUCAGAUAAGACAUCUGAAUUUGAGAAACAAAUGGACCAAAAGAAUCAAGAUUUGGAAUCAAGGGAAACUUUUAUUUCAUCAUUAAAACAGGACAUUCAACAUUUAAAGUUGCAAGAAGAAGCCACCAAAUCAUCUCUGGAACGUACGAGGAAAGAACUUUCAAGACUUCGUCAUGCUCCAUACUACAAAAGAAUGAAACGAUGGGAGAAAAAGCUCACAGAGCAAGAGGUCAGCCUCAGCAAAGGUCAUGGUCUCCAAUCUCAACGGACAAUAAAAAACCUAAAGCAUAAGCUCAAAAAAUCUCAAACACUUCUCUCCAAUGCUAGGCAAGAAGAGAAGAAAAGGAAGGAAAAGGUCAGAUUGAACUUGAAAUUGCAGGAAGUUAAAGAUGAUCGGCUUCCAAAGGAUGACAGGCAUGAGGCAUCACUACGUAUGCGUGAGGGGAACUCUAACAAAUUCACAAGGGAUGUGGUCAAGUGUGUCAUUGAACUGAUGGGAAGAGCAGAGGUCUCAGGCAAGAACUGUGGUUCAGUCAUUGACAUUGUUGUGAGGAAUUUGUUUGCUAUAAAGCUUGAUUCUAAAGACCUCCCAUCCGAAAGAUCUUCUCUUCGAUAUGCGGACAAAGGACAUGUCCUUGCAAAACGACAGCUGGCAGAAACCCUUUUACAGGCAUCAAAUGUUGAUCUACACUCAGAUGGCACAACAAGGGAUCACAGCAAAGUAGUUGGACACCAGCUCUCAACAGAUGGAGGCCAACUGUUGUCAUGUGGCUUUGCUCCUGUAUGCAGAGAAGACACUGAUACUCUGAUUGAUGUAGCAUUCAACCUCUUGAAGGAGCUGGCAGACUUGUACCCAGAAAAUGAAAUUGAUGCUGUCUUUCAAACAAUGUUGAAAAACAUUACAGGUCUGAUGAGCGAUCGAGCCAGUGUAAUGAAGUCCUUUAACAAGGCCUUUGAGAAACAACGCAACGAGACCUUGGUUGACGUUGACGGUAUGGAAUUUCUGCAUUGUAAUGCCCACUUCCUUCUUGGCAUGAGCUCAGCAGCAGACAAGGUCCUUAAGCAGUGGGAGAAAGAACAAGAAGAGAAGAUAGGGCGUGACUGUGCAGACAAGUUCAAGAGGUUCAGCUCAAAUGCUGAAAAUGCUGGAGCUAGAUAUAUAAGAACUGCAUGUGACAUACUGGGACCCAGAGGCGAUGAAAAAAAUGGAUGUAAGGACUCGUGGGAAGCUUUCUGUAGCAUGCAAGAUCUUCAUUCACUGAUUACCAGCUUCAGAGGAAACAGAUUUAACAAUCUAUUCCAGGCUGCUGCAUCCCUUCACCAUCACAGAAGAGAAGUCAUCGAUUUCUUGAAGAACUUCAUGCCAUCCUUGAACCUGAAGCAGGAAAGUGUAUUGUAUGAUGCUGAAUGCGAUAACGUUGAUGCAAUCAUCAUAUCUUUGGGGAUCAUCUACCAGAAGAUUACUGGCCCAUACUGGAUCUUGAUCGGCAGAGAUAUCACCUACUUGGACUUCUUCAUGUAUGUGACAGAAAUGCAUGAUUCCUUGAAGAGGUGGGAGGCUGACGCCAGUCAACUUGCUGAAGACCAAUGUCCUCCCCUUUUUGGUAUCACAGUGGACAGCAAUGUCUUUCCUGGACUCUACCAUGGGAACAGCACCAACAAACAUUCAACGGUCACCCUACUUCUCCAGAGACUUUGUGCGCAGUUCCUGGUUGUUGUAGAAAGACAGCUCUGUGAUUUCUUGCCUGGUGGCAAGUACCAUGACGUGAAGGAUGAGCAGCAGAUCGACAAGAUGAAGCACUCCAAGAUAACCAACCUGAUUGGUGAAGCUUGCUUUGGAGACCUAGACUUUAGCAUCUUCAAGCGACGACAUGCAUCCCUUCAUCAUCACAGCACCAUGAACAUGUUGAAAAGAAACAAGACGUCAGUUUGGUUUGACACCAAAUCUGAGAAGGAGCAGGAUGAGUUGCUGAAACUUUGCUCAGAGAGGUCUGAAGGCCUGCGCAAGGCACAUCAAGUUGAACAAUCAAGUGUUCUCAGCAAGCAAAGGGAAAUCCUUGCAGCAAACAGACUGAAGAAGGAGAGAAAGGAAGCUCAACUUGCUGCUAGAAAGAAAAAGCUGUCAGAGUCCGUACACAAACACGGAGGACCCUGUCAGCGUGCAAGGGAUGUGGACAUACUGCUCGGACGUUUCGACAGCAAUACAGAAAAGCUGCACUUCCUUAAAGAAGAAAUUAGAUUUCAAAAGAUUGUUUUAGGUUUCACGAAAAAACAUCUUAAACUGUGUGGCAGUAUCGGAGAACUUGCCAGCAAUCUCAAAGCCCAUCUUGGUGACGAGGAACUGCCGUCAGCAGAGACAACCAUGGCAGAAUUUGACACGGAUGAAGAAGCUGAAGCAGAUGAAGAAGCCAUCAUAAAUGAUGCUCAGUUUGGCAGCUUCAGCUUUUCAAAUCAAGGACAAUUCAUAGCUGUCUACUUUGACAAUGAUUUUUAUAUUGGCCAAGUUUUGUCUGUUGCAACUAAAGAGCAAGCAGAAGUGACCUUCCUUGAGAAGUGUCGAUUGAAGAAGAACGUUUUUAGAUGGUCUAAGUCAGAUGUAGAGACAAUUUCAGCAGCAUUUGUGUUUGACUGGGACUUUGAAGUCACAACAACCAAUGGCAGAAUGUGGAGUAUAAGCACUCUUGAGCGGUUUAUUAUUCUGGGCCAAAAGUACAAGGUUUACAAAGAACUUUAUUGUUAAUUUUUUGUAUUAUUGCCGAUAUUACUAGUAGUUUGUUAGUUGCUACUGCAACAGCUCUACUAAAACAACAAACAUGUUGACAAUAUUAGACAUUUUGACAAUCAAACUAAUGAAAUUGAAACAUUGAAUUUGGCCCACUUUUGUGUCGUAUGUAUAAAAACAUGAAUUGGUAUUCACUACGGUUGAUUGUCCUUGUGACAUAUUCCAUAUUUUUUAUUUGUACAAGACAUCAUUUAUUACUGUAAUAUAUUGUUAUUUGAAUAUGUCAUUGACAGACAUGUGUACUAUUAGUCUACAAAGUUUUACUGCUUGAAUAGUUAAGGAAUUAGAGAAAAAGGAAAAAUUAUACAAACAGGCAAUCUGUUGACAUUUUUCCGCCACCAAAAUUUAAGAUUUUGUCAUCUUUGGUAGCUUCUAACAGGUUCAAUUGCAUUAUCAGAGACCUGGAAAAAAAUAGAGUUAAAAUAUAUAACCAAUUGUGUUUGGAAAAUGUUUUAUAUGCCUUUUGCUGUCAGAAAUAUUCCUUUUAUGGUGAUGUGAAAUGUGGUAAACGACUAAAUUUUCAAGUUUAAUUUCCAACAUUUUUCAAUUUUUAGAGCUCAAUAUUUCUGAUUAUAUGUCCUCAGAUGUGGACAGUAAUUCUACAAAUGGUUUAGAGUUAUAUAUGUUUUGUUCAAAUGCUUUUUGUUUGCUUGUGUUAGUCUUUGUUUUGUUAUGAAUUAAUGCAGAACUUGUCCAAAUGUAAUUAAAUUUGCCCACGUCUAUGACAAUGGAUGUUCGAUUGUCAAUAUCUCAAGAACUAAUAAAGAUAUCUUCAUAAUUCUU